AAUAAAUUGGACAGGGUCAAGGCGUCGAGCGGCAACCUCUCUCCUCUCUCUUCCUACGAGGCGACCGCCAACUCCAAGUUUGAACGAAGAAAAAAAAUAGCUUAGAGAUUUAUGUCAGCGAGAGCGAAAGCAAUGCAUAUUAGCGAGAGAGAGACCCCUUCAAAAAAAUAGCCUAUAAAACCCUAAUUCCCUUCCACAAAACCCCUCCCAAGACCAAUCGAUCCCACGAGAAGGUCAGAGAUCGAAGUCUCGAGAUGGCUCCGGGCGCGCGAGGAAGAGGAGAGGCCGUGGAGGGGGGAAAGCUAAGCAGGAGGAAGGGACGGAGGUACUCGGCUUACCUCCGGCGGCCGAGUUGCUUCAAACCGGCCUGCGAUCCGCCGGCGGUGGUUGACGGCGGAGAUCAGAGGGUGGACAAAGGAGGAGGCCGGGAAGGGGAGCAGAGGAUCCCGACGCAUCUGGUGGUGAUGGCGAAUGGCAUCAUCGGAAGUGCUGCAAAUUGGAGAUUUGCUGCAAAACAGUUUGUGAAGAAAUAUCCUGAAGAUGUUUUUGUUCAUUGCAGUGAAUGUAAUUGCUCAACCCUCACGUUUGAUGGUGUUGACGUGAUGGGAGAGAGACUAGCGGAAGAGGUCAUAUCAGUUGUUGCACGCCGACCUGAGCUUGAAAAGAUAUCCUUUGUUGGGCAUUCACUGGGUGGUUUGAUUGCAAGAUAUGCCAUCGGUAUAUUAUAUGAAAAAGAUCUGUCGACAAAAUGUCCAGAGGAAAAUGGGGAUUCUAAAACUUAUACAUCUGGAACUCAACAUGUGGAAGAAAAAUUAAAAGGAAAAAUAGCUGGACUGGAGCCAAUGAAUUUUAUAACGUUUGCAACACCUCACCUUGGCUCAAGAUUGCACAAACAGAUCCCAAUUCUCCGUGGCUCCUAUGCACUAGAAAAGAUGGCAUAUCAUAUUUCGUGGAUUAUUGGAAGAACAGGAAAGCAUCUGUUCCUUAAAGACAAAGAUGAGGGAAAGCCUCCUCUUCUCCUUCGGAUGGUCAAUGACUGUGGAGAUCUCAAAUUCAUGUCUGCUUUGCAAUCUUUCAAGCGUUGUGUUGCUUACUCAAAUGCAUGCUAUGAUUUUAUUGUUGGCUGGAAGACAUCUUCAAUACGUCGUCAAGAUGAGCUUCCCAAGCGUGAAAGUUUUACAAAAAGUGGGGAAUAUCCACAUGUUGUCUACGUGGAGAAACCGAAAACUGCUAUUGUGCAGCAGGAAGAUAUUUUGGAGACAAUGGUUUCUCAACCAAAGACUGCAAGUGAGAUGGAAGAGGCAAUGAUCAAAGGUCUAACCAGAGUUCCCUGGGAAAGGGUAGAUGUCAGCUUCCGAAAAAGUAAACAAAGAAUUUUUGCUCACAGCACUAUUCAGGUAAAGACGCACUUCAUAAAUUCAGAUGGUGCAGAUGUGAUCUUUCACAUGAUCGACAAUUUUCUCUUAUAAUGGACAAAUCUCAGCUGUCUCCAACAUAUAGUAAUGUAGUUUCUCCAAAUUGAGAUGCUCAUCCCUGUAUUUACCUCUAAAGUUUUUCAACUAGGUUUAAGAAGAAUUGGGGAAAGCAUUUUCCUCCUGGCGUUAGAACAGGCCUAUAUAUAAGAUUCUUAAAGAAUUGUAUCCCAGUAUGGGGAAGGAAGGGAAUUUAGAAAGUGUCACGAGGGUACAUGCUUAGAAGGCCUUGGAUACCUGCACAAUUGAUGUAUAUUAUUAUAGAUUUCUUGUAUUUUUCUGUGGAAGUGUACAACAAAUCUCAAUUAUUUAGUAUAUAGCCCAUUUUUAUACCUGCA